CAGUGAGGGUAUCUGUGGGCACUAGCAUAGUUGAAGUGAUCAGUAAUGGCCUCUUUCUUUUUGCAAAAAUGCCAUGGGUUCGGCUGCAAGACACGCCUACAGCAAGAGAAGCGGCGCCCUCUCCGACUUAUUUGUGCGCUUUCACUCGAACGUUCUGGCGAAUCAGCAGGCCGUAAGAACAAGCCUAGCGCACCAGCUGCAGCGGCAUUGAGCGUAGUAGAAAGAGACCUGCUUGCCAAUGAGGAGGUGCAAAAUGCUUAUGACGCCGGAUACCAGGCUGGAUUAGCAGCGGCGCGCCAAACACAAAACGGCGAAGCUGACAAGAAGGAAGCACAAGUGCGACCACAGCACGACUCGUUGUUGAGGAGCAUUGUCAAAGCUUUCUCUUGGCGCUUUUUCUCUACGGCAACAACGAUUAUCCUAACCAUGACCUUCUUCAAUGCAACGCUCGAUGAAGCCAUGGAGAUGGGUGCUGCGGAGUUCGUCUCCAAGUACAUUUUGUACCUCAUACAUGAGCGGCUUUGGAUCCUACGGCGGCAUCGCCGUAGGAUGGUUCAGGAGACGCGGGCGCCCAGGUUGCAGGGAGCGCUUAUGAAGGUCGCGGACGCCAUGAUCUGGGCCCGGAAAUCCGUCAUGGUUUGCUGGACUCGGAACGCCAUCCUCUUAACACGUGAACAUGUGGAGGCCGUCGCAGUCCUUGCAAUCGUGUUUCGCACGGCAGGGCGCGGGGAGACGGCGCGUCGGCCGGUCGGCAAACUAUGUCCCGGUGAAGUGUUGCGGAGGGGGUAG